AACGAGAACUUCCUCAUCUUGGUCGAUGGACGUUUGACGGGAAAAACCCAAAGGAAAAACCACAAUAAUUUACUUGCAAAUUUCCAUUACGUAUGUGUAAAAGUGCAUGUUUAACAUAUUACCAGAUCUUGUCAUUAUUUUAUAUUUUCAUAACAUACGUCAGUGGACAAAGUCACAUUCAGAUUAUCACUAUGGGAGGAGCCUUGACCUGGAUUCAGAAGAAAGUGAUGGGUGAUGAAGAACCAACAUAUGACUUCCCGACAGACUUGGAUGGAUUUGGGUACUACUUCAACGCAGAAGGACAGAUGCGCAAUAAAGACACAAAUGAACCAUUUGAGUUUAAUGUAAGGGACGGUGACCAUCAUUACAACCAGAAACAUUAUAAUGCCCUCGGUGAUGUGAUUACAGAGAAGGUUUAUCAGAUGAUGGAAAAAGACUAUAAGCUACAGAGAGCUUAUCUUCCUGCCAAUGCAGAAGAGGGAGAACCGAGAUCAUUUGUGUUUAUAAGUGGUGAUUUAUAUACAAACACGGAGAAAAUGAUGAUUCUGGUACAUGGGAGUGGUGUGGUGAGGGCCGGCCAAUGGGCUCGAAGGUUUCAGUGUAAGAAUCAUCUACGCGAGUUUGAAGAACGAGUGUUUGCAAUAGCUCUCACUGACUCUGUUCAUGGGUUAAGAGGUCAGGAGGCGGAGCCAGAGGUCGUGUCAUAUUACAAACAGAAUGUGGUAAAUUGGGCCUCAGCAAUGGAUCCCCUUGACGCCCCUCUCAUCACAUCGACAGAUGAAGUGCCUACAGUUUCUGCUGGUACAGAUGUUCAUGAAAAAACGAGUUACACUAGUAUGCAUUCCAUUUUCAAAUACUUCACAAAGAAGUACAAUGAAACUAUCAAUCCUUCAAGUAAAAGUGACACAGAGAAAGACAUUCAGCAAGCACCUGCUACAGAACAAAAAAAUGGGGAGGAGACUAAAAAUGUAGCCAAUCAGAAUGAAGAUCAGUCACAAACUAGCCAGUCAACUGCUGAGAACAAAGAUAAUAGCGAAUCAGUGACAAAAGGGGAGGAGACAAAAAUUUCAGCCAAUCAGAAUGAAGAACAUCCGAAAACUAGCCAAUCAGAGGCUGGGAUAGAAGAUAAAAGCCAGGCUGUGACUGAUGAGACAGAAUCCAGCCAAUCAGGAACCGAGUUAAAAGAAUCUGACCAAUUAGAAAAUGCGAAAGACUCUAAGCCUAAAGACUCUGUUGUAGAUAUUGAUGAAGUCAAACCUGAAGUAAAGUCAGAAUUAUAGAAAGGAUUUUAUUUUGUUUACAUAAUUCUUGCGGUUGUAUUAGGGGGUUUGGACAAGAUUCAGUGCCAUUGUACAAAAAACGUGUACUUGCUUUUUUGAAAGCUAUUAACAAUAUAGAAAUAUGUGCUAUGUUAUUUAAAAUAAAAUAAUUUCGGAAUACUGAUAAACUAAUUCUGGAGAUAUACAUUGAAACUUUCUUAUGAUAGAUUUAUUGGCUUCAAGAACCUUAUCAGAUUUAUUUGUUACUUGGGAAUGCUAGCAACAUCCUCUAUCUAUCUCUUUUACACAGUUAUUACUCCUAAAAUGGCAAAAAGGGACUUGGAAGCGCAAUUAAGGGUCAUUAUGGCCCUCUUGUUUUCUGACUUUGUUUUAUCUUAUUGAUAAUAUUUUUAGUGCAAUUACUGUACAUAAACACAGUGUGUGCUUUUUUGUUUUCAACACAAGUAUAAUGCUUUUUUGAGUGAAAUUCAUUUCCUUUGAUUACUACCAUUUCACACUUUCAAGACUUGUUUUAUUGUACAUAAAUGUAUAAUAGCCUUGUGCAUAUCAUUUUGUCAAUGUUAGAAUGCUAAUACACAGUACUAUAACUCACUUAAGUUUCAGCUUUGAUGACUGACAGGCAAUUCAAAAAACUACAUUUUAAAAGAAAUUUGAUUACAUUUGGUUAUUACAAAACUUAUCGUAGUUCCAUAGGGUAGGAAGCCACGCUUUUGAAUCUGUUCCUGGAAUUACCAGUACUGGACAAAGAAUAUUCAGUUUCAAGGUAACAACACCUUGCCACACUUGGGGUUCAAACCCUCUCAGCCUGCAAUUUUGCUUACUGAAGAUAGAGGAACAUGACUGUGUUUUUAUGAUCUGAUGUAAAUUAUUGUUUUCAUGUGUAGUUUUU